AUGUGCGCCAUCAACAAGGGUGGUGGAUUUCAUGAUGCCACCUGUGGAGGGAGGUCACCGCCUCCGGUUGAUUCGCGGAAGGCAUGUGGGAAAGGUUCGAAGUGCAGAGAUCGCAGUGAAGCCCACUUAAAGGCCAUGGCGCACCCCCUUGAUGAGGACUAUGCCAUCGCCUGCUCCACGACAAAGGGCUUUGAGCCGGAGCCGAUCACGCUCAGAGUGGUUUUCGACUGGAGCGACACAGACGGCUCCGGCAAGCUCUCAAGAAAAGAGCUUGAAGCGUCUCUGGGCAAGAUCAGGGAAUGCUGCGGAGCGCUCCCUGAGAUCACUGACGAGGCAUGGAAUCAUCUUGACGAGGACGGCAAUGGUGUUGUCAACUUUGGCGAGUUCGCCGCCUGGGCCGGGCCACGUCUGGGCCUGGAGCUAGGCGUCAAGAAGAUGCUGGGCAAGUCUGCAACUACGAUGAUGCGGGCAUCACCGUGUGGAGUGUUGGGUUGCCCGUGUGAAAAUUUCGUCGGGCACGAGGAGAAGAAGCAUGACGCGAAGUGUAAGGACUGCAAGCACAAGGCAGGGCUGCACACGACAAGAGCCAGAGAAUCUGCUGGAGAAGUUCCGUUCCCGGACUACUGGCAGAACCACGACGGAGAUUUCAACGAGCUCAUCCCCAUGACAGGCAAGAAAGAUGAGUGGCAGAAACUCUUGAAAGAAACGUACAGGAAGGCAUACACGAAGGAUCGUGCCAAGCACAAUCCGACAAAUCCCAAGGUUCCUGCCGACUUCGAAGUGGUGAACGUCAAGCGCAACGAGAACAAAAAGACCUGGGAGGAGUACGCCUGCCGCCGUGGCGAUUUGCUGGCCAGGGAAGAGCUCCCAGAGUUGUUUCCGGAUGUUAAGACGAGCCUGGCAAUGGAAAAGAUUGGAGGAGCGAAGGCCAACCGUCUGCACGGCGAGUGCAACGAGUGGUAUCUUUUCCACGGAACAAACCCGGUUGCUGCUGAAGCGAUUUGCCAGACGGACUUCAAAGUCAGCCGCGCUGGCUCCAGCACUGGCACCCUGUACGGCAAAGGACUUUAUUUCGCCGAGUCGAUCACCAAGGCUGAUGAGUAUGCGAAGCCGAACGAGGAAGGGCUCUAUGCCGUCUUGAUUUGCCGAGUUCUUGGUGGCAAAGUCCGCUACACGGACGAGGUAAAUCCGGACCCGGAGGAACUGGUGCAUUCCUGCAUCGAGGGUCCAUAUGACUCCGUCUGUGGAGACCGCGAGAAAACCCGUGGGACAUACAGGGAGUUUGUACUCUUCGACUCCGAAGACGUGUAUGUGGAGUAUGUGAUUGAAUACAGACGAAAGUACAAGGAUUAG